AUGGAGGACUGGCAGAAGUGGACGCGCAGGACGACCAACGCCGAGGCGCCGAAGAAACCGCCGCAAUACCUCUUCUUUCCGAACCGCACGGCAGGGCAGACGUACUUCAUCACGGUGUUGACCGGUAUCGCGAUUCUGUCGCUCUCCUUCGGACUGCUGAAGUCGGCCGAGGGCAGCCAGGACAAGAUCGCAAGGACGAUACAGAACGACACCCGCAUCCGCACCUGCGACAUCAGCAACGAACACGCCAUAUUCCUGAAGCACCGGGAGGAGAACCAAAUCAGGCGCCAGCGCAGGUACCUCAACUUCAACCCUAAGCCGGCGGCGGCCAUCCUCAUCUCUGACCCGGAACUGCGCAACAACGAGAAAAGCGGCCACCUGGAUGUGUAG